AUGGCCGCUAGGAGCCUAAGUGUAACUAGGGCUGGUAUUAAGCGACUCUUUAAUACUAUACGGGAUAUUUGCUAUUAUCGCUGCGGUCGCCUGAAGUCUGAGAUAAUUAAGGAGCUUAUACUCUACCGCUAUACAACUAAGUUUAGUAUUAAGGAUACUGAGAUAAAGGAAUUGCAUCUAGUAGAGGCUGAGGUUGAGAAGGAGGAGAGUGCUGACUUUCUAGAGGAUAGUAAGUAUAAUCUAAUUAGUGAUAAUAAGGAGGAGGAGGAGAAGGGGGGGGAAAGCGAUAGGAUACAGGAGGUAUCUCCUUCCUUCCCAGCCGGUAGGGAUAGGGGCAGUAAUAGCAAUAGUGAGAUAGAGGGGUUUUAG